GGAGGGUAGACGCCCAGACAGAGGAAGGAAGGAAGGAAGGCAGGCAGGGAAGGGAAGGGAAGGGAAGGAAGGAAGGAAGAGGAGGAGGAGAAGGAGGAGGAUCGCUCCGAGUUCCGAGUGAGAACGGACUCCAGCAUCUGGCAGAUGCUGUUGUCUCAAGGUUAGACAGAUUUCGUUUCCCGGCUCAGGAAGAUCUGUAGACCAGGCGGAGGAGCCUCCUCACACGCGAACGAAGCCGAGCAGACUUAUCAAUCCGAGCCUUUGGCAACAGCAGACUCACCGAGGGGAGGCCAGUGGUUUAGGCGAGCGAGGCAGGCAGGCAGGCAGGCAGGCAGGCAGGAAAACAGGGGGCGAGUGCGGCAGGGGUUGGAGGUAUGGGAGGAGAGCCGGAUGGGGCUGGUGCAACAGCAGGCGGCGAGGCUAGUGUCGGAGGAGCAGCGGAAGGCCCGAAGACGGUGCAUGUGCGGUGUUCCAAUGGAAAUAAGUUCUCGUUAGAGGUGGAUUUGUCAAUCACCGUCAGGGCUUUGAAGGUCAUGUUGGCCGAACGGUCCGAGAUUCCUGCCGAUCAGCAGCGGUUAAUAUACAAAGGCCGAGUGCUUAAGGACGACAAUUCGCUCGAUAGUUAUGGUUUGCAACACGACCACACAGUACAUCUCGUGCGCGGAGCACCAGCUUCAGCUACUACUCCUGCCUCAUCUGCCACGACUCCAACUUCUACACCUGCACCUGGUGGUGGUGGUGGCCUUCCACAAACGCCUCCUGGUUUAUCUCAAACGGCUCCAGGAUCAAAUCCAACUGGUCUUGGUGCUUUCAGUUUUCCUAACUUUGGCGCAGGAGCCGGAGGUGGAGGAGGUGGAUUUGGCAUGGGUCUUCAAGAAAUUCAACAGGUGCAACAGCAGUUGAUGCAGAACCCUAAUCUCAUGAGGGAGAUGAUGAAUAUGCCUGCAGUGCAAAAUCUCAUGAACAAUCCCGAUCUGAUGCGGAGUAUCAUAAUGAGCAAUCCACAGAUGAGGGAUAUCAUAGAUAGGAAUCCGGACCUAGCCCACAUUUUGAACGACCCAGGAACUUUACGUCAGACGCUUGACGCAGCUAGAAACCCUGAGCUGAUGAGAGAGAUGAUGAGAAAUACAGACCGGGCCAUGAGCAACAUUGAAGCAUCACCCGAAGGUUUCAAUAUGUUGAGACGCAUGUAUGAGACUGUUCAAGAACCCCUAUUGAAUGCAGCCACCAUGGGGACUGAAGGUGGUGGAGAUCUGGCUGGGAAUCCCUUUGCCGCUCUACUUGGAGGACAAAAUCUUGCACAGACUCCUGGACAACAAAUACCUAGCAUCAACCUGUCCAAUUCAACUAAUUCAGCCACGGGGACCCCUAAUGCAGGAGCAGCGGCUGCAGCACCAAAUACUGCUCCUCUUCCAAACCCUUGGAAUCCAACACCCACCCCAGGUGUAACAGGAGCAGGCGCAGGGGCGGCCCCGGGACCUAACCAGCCUGGUGCCACUCCUCUUACUGGAGCUGGCCUGACUGGUUUAAGGGGCUCUGCAGGCUUAGGAGGACUUGCUGGUUUGGGCUUGCCUGAGUUUGGUGCUGGUGGGGGACCUUUUGGAGUCGACCCAGCCAUGAUGCAACAGAUGUUGCAAAAUCCAGCAAUUGUGCAGAUGAUGCAGGGUCUGUUGCAAAAUCCACAGUACAUUAAUCAGGUUAUGAACAUGCAACCACAUCUUCGUUCGUUGUUGAAUGGUAACCCCCAGUUCCGGGAAAUGAUGCAGAGCCCCGAUUUCAUUCGUCAAAUCAGCAGUCCUGAGAGUUUGCAGCAAAUGCUUCAAGUUCAACAAGCUGUACUGAGCCAACUACAAGGUCGGCAACAAGCUGGAGGGACACCUGGGCAGCCUGGAGCUACUCCUGGCGCUAACGCUGGUUUACCCGAUCUAAGCUCCUUAUUAAGUAUGUUUGGAGGACUGGGGAGUACUCUUCCAACAAACAAUACAGAAGUUAAUGCAAUCCCACCAGAACAACUUUAUGAAGCUCAGCUAUCACAGCUCCAAGAUAUGGGAUUUUAUGACACCCAAGAGAACAUCAGAGCGCUGGCUGCCACAGGAGGAAAUGUUCAUGCAGCUGUCGAGAGGCUUCUCAGAAACCCUGGCUAAUUUGGAACAGUUUGAUAUAUGGUGACCUGAAUUAGCAUACUGACUUCGGGUUUUACUAACCUAGGAGAUGGUGUGUGGGCUGGCUGUACUUGAUAAUGGUCCACUUAGUAUCUGCACUUCAAUUCUGGCUAGUGUAGGUCUGAAGAGCAGCAUCUUUAGGGACCUACUUUCGCUGUUGCAGUACAGAGAAGAAAUGGAACUUUUUGAAGAAGCGUGCUUGUUGCUCUCCGACAUUAUGAGAGCAGUGUAUGCUAAGAUAAAGCUGCAUAUUGGGUUGUGGCUACUAAGACGGCAAGUCUUGUCGGGUGGGCAUAUAGUGGGGUGUACAGUGUUUAUUGUUACCUAGACCUUCCAUUACUGACACCGGGAGUGAGGUGGUAUUCUUGUGCUUGGAUCAAUUGAGAGCAACCCUGCGAUUUAUGGUUUCCUUUGCAUGGAUAGCCUGGGGUAGAAGAACUUUCAUCUUUUCUAUUCAGUUGGAAGUCUGUCCGUGUCCAGACAAGAAACAAUUCCCACACUCCAUAUUUGGGAAUGUCAUUCUGAAUUGCUGUAUAAGGGAAGAAAAUUUGUAAUGAUUUUUGACAAUCAGUGUACUAUGCUAAAUAUAUGUGUCAUGUCAUGAGAUGACAUGACUCCUCAUGACAUGACUCGCAGUGUGCACUCUCUGAGCUGAAUGGGGUGCUCCCUGCAGAAUUCGCUGCUGGAGAUACGCUAAUGUGGUUGCCAUUGGUAGUUGCGGGUGUAUGACGGGGGAGUGAAUGGGUUUCACGAUGUCCGUGGAGGGACUGUGAGAAUCUGAAGGUAGGAAAUCCAGCCAUAUCUUCUUUGGCGUUCAUACCAUCAUGUAAUAGCAGGAGAUUCAAACUCAGAAGUUUGGAGGCGGGACUUUGAGGGCAUGACUUCUUUGUUCCCAGUCAUGCAAUCUUCAUGCAAUGUGUCCUAGUUGGCAGCACCUUCCAAAACCAAUCGAAGAAGUUUUUUCCUUUUUGAAACGUUUAUGCAACUUUGGUGAAGUCGUCAUGUACUUCUCCUUUGUUUAUCUCAGAAGGGUCUUGAGUUUCUCAUAUUCUCCGGUUUUUCCAAUAACUUUCAAUUUCACAUUGGUCUGUUUCCUCCAUUAUCUUCAUCUGUCUUGAAUGUUUAUAUCGACACCUUUCCUGCUUUCUCAUACCAUUAUUACCCAGUCAGCGAUUGUUUCUACAAGCCAUCAUUAGGUUUAAUCUCGCCAGUGGUGAUUUGCUGUGGAAGUGGUUGUGUGGCCUUCAACAGCUUCAGAGAGUCAUCUCUGUACGUAAUGAUAAUGUUGACU